GCCGCUAAGUGCUCAGAUGCAAAUCUUCAGCUCGAUUCUUCGUCUCCUCCGAAGCCCUGACGUUGCCGCUUCUUCUGCCCCGAUGCGCCGCCUCUCCUCUCUGUCGCGACCACUUCACUCCUUCAUGCCCUCUCCCCCGCCUCGCUGGUGGCCACCAGCGCUUGCGCGACGAGUUUUCUCACCCAGUAAGCCUCCCAAUCCAACUGUCCGUCGUGUUUCCAGGUAUGUUUUCUUAUUCUCCGUGCUAAAGAUUGUGCCUUUAGUUGUUGCUAUAAAAUUCUAGAUCUGGAUCGCGACCAGAAUUGGGCCUUUAUUUACCCUGGUUGGGGGUAGGGUUUGAGAGAAAAAGACGGAAAGGAAAUAAAAACAAUAAUCAAUUUUAGGCUUUUGUUCAGAACUUCAUAUUACAUUCCUGUUUUGAUACCCUGACCGAUCGGUGAUACCAUCUUAUUUGUGUCGGGUGCUGAGAUUGACUUUAUACGUUGUUGGUGAUAGAUUUCCUCUUGGAUUUCGGAACAUGGCCAGCAGGCCCAGCACCACUGAAGUGGAAGGGGAUGAUUCUGGUAAACCAGACAUGCGACUGCUUAUCAAUUCUUCCGUCACGCAAAACAUGAACAACAUGGAGACAAGGAGCACAACAGGGGAACCCCAUGGCAUGUUAUGCCGAGGUUAUAGAUGACAAACGUGAUACAUGGGGGAAAACUGUUGGUUAUGAGGAAGAAACCGUGGACAGUGAGGACGAAGAAUAUGGGAACUGCGAUACGCUGAUGUCUCGAUACCCCUUAGACCGUGUGCGCCCUCUGGCUGUGAUUCCGAAGAGCAGGUAUCGUGAUGGUUCUAUAUACAAGCGCACACACUCAUGGAAAAGAGAAUGUCUUAUUGCAGACCGCAGUGAGACUAUUUUCGAGCCAAUGAUGUUUACAGAGCCCUCAAAUUGCUUCAUCUUCAAUGGCACUUGCAUGCGGCAUGGACCUACUCACAUGUUACAAAUUGUAUCAAUAAAGCUGGCUAAAAUUCAUGUGGAUGGUGGGCCAAUAGCGUUGUAUGGAUACAUAGCACUGCGGGAUAAUCUGGAUCCAUUGCUUAAUUAUGUCGUCAAAUUUAGCAGGGAUGAUCCCAGAGCCAUUACUUUGGAUCUGGGUUCUCUCAUCAACUUGGCUGGCCCUAAGCGAGGGAUUAAUUAUCUGGGUGAUAUUUUUAUCGAAUACGAUAUGAGGAUCAAGACUGUUGGACCAGAAAAGCAUGAUCCACAACUGAUCGAUGGCGUAUCAAUACUAGGCAACAUGGGCGUACGGAAUCGUAGUGUGUUCACGAAUCGCAUCCAUGGCAAUUGUGGUGCAGUUGACAUAACCUUUUCAAGUCUUGAAAAUGCAAUUGAGGCGACUGUAGAAGUUGCCAUAUCAGAAGUGCAAAGCAGUUUCAAUCUGUCUCUUGGCUGUUUUACCAGGGGGUUGAAUGAAGAAAUUCGGCUCUUUGAUGGCGUCAUUGGUGAGAUGCGGAGCUUAAAAAGGUCUGUGGUUGCUGUGGUGAUAGAUUCUUGGAUACACUUGAAGUUCAAGGUUGGUACAGAGCGAUCCAGUUCCACUGAACGUGAUUGUUUCUUCAAUGCUGGCAACCACGGGUCUAGUGCUCGAAAGAUUAAGACUGAUUUUGCGUUAAUCUCGGUGAAGGUGAUCUGGUCGCCUUUGCCUGAUGGGUUCUAGGUUUAUUUCAAAUUCAUCACACCCUUUGGAUAAACUUUGUCGAAUAGUGGUGAAUGUAACAAGUUGUCAGUCGAGUCGUGGGCCUGUGGCGAGCAUGCAUGGUUUGUAAUCAAACCAGUGUCCAAGUAGGUAUUUGUACUCUCUGCAUGUGUAUUCGAAGCGGUUUGUAUCCUCCACAAGUGAACAGAUGAUCGUUCAUCUGAUGAUUUGAUUGCUGGGAUGGUCAGCUAAUUCUGAAGCUUGCUGUUAAAAAAAUUCUGUUGAUGUCCUGGCUGGGUAAAAAGGACUGCUUGCCUGGUUGAGAAGGGAACAUUUCAGCUGAAGAAGGUGCUGAUUGUGGAACAAGCUACAACUGUGAAGUUGUUUGAGAUAAGCUUGUGAGGUGACUAUUAUUCUCCCCCCUGGUUUUGUUCCCAGCUACAAAGUAGAGAUGGUGAUGACUCAAGAAGUCAAGAUUCGUAUCUGUCCAGUACCUAGCACUUUGUUGACAUGAGAAAUUUUAGAAGAAAGGCACAAGCAGCCCCCGGCUAAAUUGAUAAAGCCCAAACUGACAUGAGAGCUGAGAGGUGCUGAUUUUUAUCUGCAUGGGCCUGUGAUUUGCUUUUGUAGUUUGUAUGCAUGUACGUUGAAGAUGAGUAGAUAGUAUGGUGUGGAUGUCACUCUGCUAUGUAAGAUUUA